AUGCAGGGUGUUUUCUACAGUUUUCUACAAGGUAAAAAACGGUCUCUACGGUUAUGUCAUUUUUUUCGUCAAAGGAUUAAAUCAAAUGACAGUUUUCAAUGCAACUUUACAAAAAAAAAAAAAAUAAAAACAAAAUUUCCGCUGGACCAUAACUUUCUGGUUCGACCGAAUAUACUUUUUCUGGAGUUGAAGAAAUAUGUGGUUCCCAUCUUCACAAUUCUGUUACCAAUUUACUCAAUAUAUCGACUGAAGUAUUACCGACUGGAUAGAGAAAAUGCUAUUAGGUCAGUCGUUACGAUGGAAAGUCGAGGUGUUGUCGGUACUCGAAACUAUGAAGAAGUCAUUGCUAAAUUCUGGCAACACAAUCACAAGUCAUGA